AUGGAUUCUCGUGGGAGUUCCGUCGAGGUUGCUGAUACCAGCGACUGGGGUAAGGCCAUGGCAAGAUUGGCAGAGGUUCAUUCACUCUCAGCACGACACGGCGGUAACCUUCACUCCAUGAAUUCGCCGUUUAAACAGCAAGAUGAACGAUUUGAAUAUCUUAGAGCAAAAGUCCAGCGCCUGGACCUCGAAUAUCAUCAGGUACUCUCGGGCGGUCUGCCAAAUAACGCCAGACCAGACGACACCAUGUCGGAAUGGAUAAGACGCCGUGUCCUCAAGAUACAGAAACUCGAGGAUGAGCUACGGAGGGGACCCGAUCGAAAGAUAGUCGAACACGCCGAGGCCGACUACCAGGCACGAUGUCGAGAGGAAGAACAACAAUAUUUUCUUGACUUGUUGAAAGUUUUUGGCGACAUCGGCCGGAGAUGGGUGAUGGAGUCAUAUGGCCUAACCGACCACAUCGCCACGACAGACAUGGCGACACCGCGGUCCAUGGCCAGCAACGCGUCCACCCCUUCUUCAGUGAACCACUAA